AUGGAAAUUGGUUCAGCCACCCAAGAGAAUACCAGGCCGAUCAGUCGGGGGUGUGGAUGGCUUAAGGCCUUGCCCGGGAAGUUUAAGGCCAAAGGGUUUGAGAUUGUAACCAAAACAAAGAAGCUCGGAGAAGAUGAUCCUAGAAGAAUCAGACACUCACUGAAGGCGGGACUAGCUAUCACAUUGGUCUCCUUAUUCUAUUAUUUGAGGCCUCUAUAUGAUGCUUUCGGGCAGUCAGGAAUGUGGGCAAUCUUAACUGUUGUGCUUGUUAUCGAUUUCUCAGUUGGUGCAACACUGUGCAGAAGUCUAAAUAGAGGUUUCGCCACAUUAAUAGCCGGUGCUCUAGCGAUUGGAACUGAACACUUUGCAACCCUUUUUGGGGAGAAAGGAGAGCCCAUUGUUCUUGGGUUUUUGGUUUUCUUUAUAGCUGCAGCAUCUACAUUUACAAGGUUCUUUCCAGUUGUCAGGAGGAGGUAUGAUUAUGGAGCUAUGAUAUUCAUAUUGACAUUCAGUUUGAUUUCAGUCUCGGGUUAUCGGGUAGAAAAAAUCUUUGAACUCGGCCAUAAACGAUUGUCCACGAUAAUCAUCGGUGCUGCAACAUGUAUGGUGAUAUCCAUUUUUGUAUGCCCAGUAUGGGCUGGUGAAGAUCUUCACAAUCUGGUUGCUGACAACAUAGAAAAGCUUGCAAGCUUCCUAGAAGGAUUUGGAGAUGAAUACUUUAAAUUUUCUGAAGAUGGAGAUAGUGCAAUGGUCUCUAAGGAUGAUAACUCAGUUCUUCAAGAUUAUAAAAAUGUCCUCAACUCAAAAGAAAAUGAAGAAUCCCUGGCAAAUUUUGCAUGGUGGGAACCUUGUCAUGGUCGUUUCGGUUUCUGUCAUCCAUGGAAACAAUACCUGAAGAUUGGUGUCCUUUCUCGCCAAUGUGCUUACCAAAUUGAAACUCUUAAUGGCUACAUAAACCCUCAGCCUCCGGCACCAUCAGAAUUUCGAAGAAAAAUUCAACAACCAUGCACAAAGCUGAGCUCAGAAUCAAGCAAGGCUUUAAAGGAAUUAGCCUCAGCCAUCAAAAACAUGACACACCCAUCUUCUUGUGAUCUCCAUCUUCAAAACUCCAAAGCAGCUGCUGAGGAAUUGAAAAUUGCAUUAGAGGCUUCUCCACCAGUAAAAACAGACCUCCUCGAAGUCAUACCAGCCGUUACAGUUGCUUCAAUACUAAUUAACAUUAUUAAAAGCGUCGAAAAUAUUUCAGCAUCCAUUCAUGAGCUUUCAGACCAAGCUCGUUUUAGGACAGUGAAGUCAAAUGUAAUAGCUGAGAAAUCACAGUUAUUUCAUAGUGGGACCGUAAAACCUAUUAGUGAUGGUGAUGGUGGUGGUGGUGGCGGUGACGGUGGUGGUGGUGAUCAUAUUGUUAUCAUAGUAUCACCAGAAAAUGGUAAUCCUCAAGGGCUUAUGAGAAGCCAACAUGUUGAAGUAUAA